CGGGUUGCCGCCCUGACGUGGUUCCAAACAGGGCUUAUACCGCACGUUAACUUUUGACAAAACCACGAGACGUCGUGAUUGGCGAAUUCCGACCGAACACGCUUUGGUUUUCUGCUGAAACAUUUAUUUCCGGUCCGUCUAAACCGGGAACAGACACAUUCCGACCAAACACGCUUCUUCUCUCCACUUUUGUGUCAGAUGAUUGUGAUCAGAAACAGAUAUUUCCGCUAAAAGAUAGUCCCAAAUUAGAUUCUUUUGGAGGAGAUGAAGUUUAAGUUAGCCACGAGAGAGAUUGAAAACAUGUGGCUGUGUUAUGUAAAGAGACCGAGUCACACGAACAACUCCUCCCACACGCCAUUUCUCCUACCACUCGAACCUAACAAACCAAAACCCGCCACGUUUAAUCUGAAACCCGAGUUCCCGUGAGUUAGGAUCUUUACUUGAAGGAACCAGACAUGAUCGCAGAGUCACACAUACACACACAAACCUUUAGAAGUGUUUUGUCGUCCCCCUCGUAUAGAAUCCAUUGUGGAUUUAGCUUUCCCAUCUAAUUAGCAAAGAAAAAAAAAGAAAGAAAUUCUACUCUUUUCGAUCUAAAGUAUUAUUUGAUCUUGACUUAUUUCAGAAGGGAGAAGAAGACCAAGAAGAAGAUAAAUUGGAGGAAUGAAAGAUGAGGCGAAGAGGAUAACAAUUCCUCCAUUGUUCCCAAGGGUUCAUGUGAAAGAUACUGAACGAGGAGGCUUGUCUCAGCCAUUUGAUGGCAAAACAAUGUCUCCAUAUAAACAUUCCAUUCUUCCAUCUCCGACCGACAAGAUCUCUGAUUCUCCUUCCACUCUCUCACUGUCUCUUCCUCCUCCAGCCAACAACGCUUGUCUCCAGACUGAUCGAUCUGAAAUGAAUCAGUUAUCACCAAACUACAACACUUCCCCAGCAUCAAAUCUUGAAGGGAAGGUGAAUAAAAAAGGCAUGAUUUAUCCAAGUCCUAGAGGAUCAUCAGUUAAACCUAGUUCAAUAAAACAAAAUGAGUACAACCUUACCAACUUGGAUUCUCUUAAGGUUCCUGUUUUUAGACUCCCGGAGACAGAUCCAAAAGCAAACACAGAUUUGUCACUACAGUUUCAUAAUAGCAGUACCAGUAAAUCAAGAGGAGAAGCUGCUGGUUUCAAACCUCUCCUGAACAAUCUUGAUAUUCGAGAAUUACUUUUGCCACUACAGUGUUUGGAAGAUGAAAGCAAUAAUGGGUCUCUUAGUGUGAUGAAAACUCAACUGUAUAGAAGAAGAACCCCCAAAACUGUGCCUCCAUGUGAACAAGAUGCCUCAGACUGCUCUGCAAUAGACUCUUUGUCUGGUAUGAGUGCAACUUCUAAUGAUGUUGCCAGAGUGAUAGGUGAGAAGAGAUUUUGGAAGAUGAGAGCUUAUAUGAUCAGUCAGCAGAAGAUCUUUGCCACUCAAGUCUUUGAGCUGCAUAGACUGAUAAUGGUUCAGAAAAUGGUUGCAAAGUCGCCAAACUUGGUUCUCAAAAAUAAGAUCAAUGGUGGUUCAAAGUUUAAAAGACCAAACACCGAGAAUCAAAAACCUGUAACCGAAGCCUAUCCAGAGCAUAUGAAACCAAAGAUUCCUUUACCAUUCAUAAGCAAAGAGCUCAUGACCCCAAUUUGGCAACAACAGCUACUUCCUCCACAAGAAAACCAGUGGUUAGUUCCUGUAAUGUCUCCUUCAGAAGGUCUGGUCUAUAAACCAUACGCAGGUCCAUGUCCUCCUCCUCCUUCAGCUUUCAUGGUUCCUAUUUAUGGACAAGAUUCGCCCUCCAGGUUCCCUGCUUCUACUCAGUUUAGCCACAACUGCUUCCCACCGAGGACAGCAGUACUUGACCAGACAAACCCGUUUGGUCAGCUUCAAAGAUGGUCAAGCACAUCUAGCCACAUGACUCAAGCGAUUCCGUUUUCGUUAAAGAAGUCUCAGGAGUCUAAUGACAGUGAGGUACAUGGAAGUACAGCUUCAAGUCCACCAGAGAAGCAUAAAUUUGAUGUUCUUCCACUUUUUCCUACAGAGCCUACUCAUCACACUGAUGAGUAUGAGCAGAAACAGCAACCACUUUCUGGUGCCAUUAAAGCCAUUCCUCAUAACUCAACAUCUGCCUCUGAAUCUGCUGCAAGAAUUUUCCGUUCUAUUCAGGAAGAAAGGAGGGACUCAGAUCAUAUGAUUAGUUAGUUUUCUUACUUUCUCCACAUUCUUUUUCUUUAUAAUUUCUUCUUCUUAUACCUUAGAUUUUAUACUAUUUACUCUUCAUGAGAAGAUGUAAAUCAAUACUGUCACUAUACAUAAAGCAUACACACAUCUUAUACUGAUAUUGUAUUGACAAACAGCAAAUAAAUGAUAGAUUCUUUUGUUCUAUUAA